AUUCUCGAGCAGGUUGCUAUGGUAAUCGGUCAACGUAGGUACAACGGUAAAAUAUGGAGGAGGACAACGCUGCCGCGGCUCUCGACAAUAUUGUGACAGAAUUUCAGACGUACGAAGAUUUCCUCGACUCUCAAAUUACGUCGUUGGACUUGUAUUAUCUCGAGGAUGAGGAUUUGGCUCGCCAGCUGGUGGAGCUGGGCUACAGGGGCAGCGGAGAGGUCCUGAAGAGGGAGGAAUUUGAGACCAGGAAAGCAGCUGCAGAAGCCUCCUGGCUCUCCAAGAGGAACCAGCAGAAGACACUGGCAAGUGUGGGAAAAGAGCUGAAGGAUAACUUCCUGAAAGCACUGGCGGAGCGAGAGGAGGCCAACCGCAGUGGGAAAAUGACUUCUAUUAUUUUCAUAAGGGACCGCAACGCUCUUGGACAGGAAAUCUCUGGCUAUAUCGACUACUCCCACAGACUGAAGACAGAGGAGUUUGAACCAUACUUCAAUGGUAAGAAGAGGCUGCUGCCAAGAGCUACAGAUUUAAGCUUCUUCAACUGGGAGACCCAGGUGUCCACGUCCAACGUUAGCGCUAACUACCAGGUGAUAGCUGAGAACUCCAGUGGGUUGCUGUUUAAGAACAAGACAGACAGAAAGAUUCUCAACGUGGACCCUAAGGCCUCACCUGGUGACAACUCCUCCAGGACGCCCCUCCAGUCUGAACUCUACAGCCAGGUCGUCAUCUAUGACCACAUCACCAGGAGGACCUAGCCAAUCACAUCACCAGGAGGACCUAGCCAAUCACAUCACCAGGAGGACCUAGCCAAUCACAUCACCAGGAGGACCUAGCCAAUCACCUCACACUGCUAUUACCACCUAGCCAGACCACUGUCUCCUCCCUGCUACCACCUCACCUCACACUGCUAAUAAACACAUAGUGGAACUCACUGGAAGCCUCUAAUUUGAUGUAAUAAAAGUUGUCCCCCCCCAUCAA